AUGCCUCUGAAUUGGCAUCCUUGCGGACUAUUCAACGGCAAACCCAUACACCCCUACGCCAUUAUCGUGCUGAACCAGCCUGUGAACGGACCGGCGCUGAACGCAGUUAUUGGAUCGGCCUCUCUCCUCGUGUGUGCCGAUGGCGGAGCAAAUAGACUGUACAAGUACGAGCGCGACGGUGGUCAGGGCCAGGUCGCCAAGCUUGUCAAUGGAUCUCAAAAGCUGUCGCAAGUCUCUAGCCGCUUACCGGAUGCUAUUGUGGGUGAUCUGGACUCACUGGAGAAGGAAGUGGAGGAGCAUUAUCGCUCAUGCGGCGUUCAAGUGGUCAGAGAUCCGGACCAGUAUUCCACCGAUUUCACGAAGUGCUUGAAGUAUACCCGCAAGUGGGCAACAACCCGUCCACAACACGACAAUGGGGAGGACGACACAUUGGACGUAGUCGUCCUAGGCGGGCUCGGCGGCCGCGUCGACCAAGGUUUCUCGCAGAUCCAUCACCUCUUCAUGGCUGAGGACGAUCCCUCGUUAUUGAAAGGGCGAAUUUACUUAUUGUCAGAACAGAGUUUGUCAUUUGUUCUAUCUUCGUUGCCAGUAGCAAGCCCUAGCAGCACAACGUCCGAGGCCCCUAUCGAGACGAACACAAACAUCGUCCACCUCGCACCCGGCUAUUUUGCCGAAAAUGUGGGCAUUCUCCCUGUUCUCGGCCGGACGUUAUUGACGACUAGAGGUCUCGAAUGGGAUGUAGAGGAUUGGCCAUCCGAGUUUGGCGGUCAACUGAGUACCAGUAACCAUAUUCGAGCCGAUAAAAUCGAGAUUGCUUUCGAAGGGCCAAGACCUCUGUUCACUCUGGAGCUGGACAAACGUCUUACGGCUGCUGGAGAUCUAGGCUGA